CUGUCAAAUAUCUCACUCAUCUGAGAGCCGACAACGAGAGAGGAAGGAGUAGCGGCUUGCAAUGAAACCAGUUUGAGACUGGACAUCAGUGUCGGCAGCUCACUUGGACAGUGUGGGAGUUUGGUGUCAGUGCAGGCAUAACCUACUUCGCCUUUUUCCUAUUGGAACGAGUGAGGUGGGGACAUUUACGCAGAGUCUCAGACGGAGCUUCAGCAGAGGUGUGAUUGGUUUUCUCUCCAUUGUCCUCAUCUUGUCCAUGUCCAAGCAGAACGGUUUUGACUUCAGUCUGAGUGCUGUUGAUGGGUUCCAAGAGUGUGGGAGAUCGUUUUUGCACAAACACACAGUCUUAAAAAGUAGUUAGCAUCUAUUCAAAAAGCUGUAGCCCCUGUACUGAGCCUGAACCUGGUCUGCAGCCCUCGGCCUGAGGCUGGAAGGGGAUGGGGACACUGGCCCUCUGCAGCCACUACUCACAGCUGUCAUGGAAACGCAGCAUCAUAGUGGCAUUGCUACUGUUUCACCUGUGCUGCCUGCAAGUAUGGGCAUCCUGUCGCAUCCUGAGGUGCAACUCUGACUUUGUAGCUGUCACCCUGGACCUUGGGGGCAGCGGAGGGGGCGGAGGAGGCAGCAGAGAGGGGGGAAAUGCGGGUUACUGCAGCGCCCUCCGCUCCUACGCCAUGUGUACCCGCCGCAUGGCCCGUGCCUGCCGGGGCGAUCUGGCCUACCACUCGGCCGUGCAGGGCAUCGAGGACCUCCUCAUCCAGCACAGCUGCCCCAGGACAGGCCCCACCGCUCAGCCCCGGCCCCUGCCACAGGCCCCCAUCUCUGGGGACGCCUGUAUCUAUGAGAAGGGCUACCUCCAGCGUGAGGGCCGGACCCCUGACUAUCUCCACUGUGGAGUGUUCGGGGAUCCCCAUGUUCGCACAUUCCGUGAUGAGUUCCAGACGUGCACUGUACAAGGGGCCUGGCCACUGAUAGAUAAUGAGUAUCUAUACGUUCAGGCAACUAGCACCCCCAUGAGAGGAGGGGCAUAUGCCACGGCUCUCACCACGAUUACCAUCAUCUUUAAGAACUGGCGCCAGUGUAUCGAGCAGCAGAUCUACCAGGCGGAGCUGGACAACGUUCCCACAGCCUUCGUGGACGGCUCAGUGACCAGCGGGGAGAGGCAGGGCCAGUACAGCCUGAGCGUCCACUCUGAUCUGCCUGGGCACCAGGCUGAGAUCCGUGCCGCCCACAUCGGCACCACCCUGGUGGUGCGUCAGAGUGGGCGGUCCCUGGGACUGUCAGUACGCUCGCCACGCACCAUUGCUGAAGCAUUCACCCCCGAGCAGGACCUGCAGCUGUGUGUGUAUGGCUGCCCACCUUCACAGCGCCUAGAGACGCUACCCAGCCCCUCUUCUUCCUCUUCCCUCUCUUCCUCCUCUUCCUCCAGCCAGCUCUCUGCUGCAGCCCAUGUCCACUGUGCAGCCCUCCUCCCUGCCAGGGACAUCUACUACCAGGCCUGCCUGUUUGACCUGCUGGCCACAGGGGACCUCAACUCCAGCACGGCGGCCGUGGCGGCCCUGGAAGACGCCCGGGGAAUGAUCUCAGACCCCAAUAAGGUGCAUCUGCUACUGGGGGGCAAGGCCGAUAGGAGUAGCCCAUGUCUGACUCUGAUCCUGGCUGUGGCUGUCCUAUCAGAGCGUCUGGUGGCUCUGUGGACCGGGAAGUGUUUAUGAACUUGUGACUGGUAGGAGCUGUGGGCAUAGCAUUAGCCACACUGACUCUGACCGAGCAGAUGCUCUUUCUUCAUACUUGAUGGCCUUGUUUCAUAAACAACAGGCAUCACCUUUGACUGGCUGGAACAUGGCAUUAUAACUGGUUACAGAGGUCAAUGUUUCCCUUAUUCAUUUUCUACCAGCAGGAGAAGCCAAUGUUGACAGGAAUAAAUACAGGUGAGUGCUCUCAGUGAGGAUAGAAGUGAACUCUUGAAACCCUAAUCCCUUAACUAUGCUGAGACAAAUGUAUUAAGACAAGAUGUAUUAUCCAUCUCAGCACAGAGGAUGGCCUGUUGCAUAAUUCCACAAAUCCAGACAGUAAAUGGCAUCUUAAACAAUUUUUUUGUAUCACUUUCUGUUAUUUUCCAUUUAUUUUAUCACAGAGGGGAAUUUAGUGGUUUGUUUAUAGUAAAUAUAAUACUACAGUGGUUUCAUCCUUUGUAUAGAAACUAAUUUAUCACUAAUUUAUUACGUCAUCUUUGUGUGUCUACAUUUGGUAUGCAGUGAGUUGUAAUAACGUCUCGAUUCAUUUCAUAAGGGACUGUUUUUGAAUGUACGUUUGGUUCAUAUGUCAGUAUUUGUAAGACAAUGUUUACAAUGUAUUGUUCAUCCUGUUCAUAUUUUUACCUACUGUAGUUGCCAAAGUAAAAAAUACAUCUUCCCAAAGUUACUCAUACCAUCUUUCUAAAGCAAUAGAGAUCAUGCAAGGAGCAAAUGACAAUACUAUAUUGAUUUCAAAAGGAUGGAAAAUAUCUCAAAUUGCCUUCCAUGUAAUAAUGUGAAGUCUGACAGGGAUAAAACAUAUUUAUACCUACAGAUUCUAAUAUAUUUCCCUUUGUGAGUUUUAUGAAAUUGUAUAGUUUUUUUGUGUGUAUUUUUGAUGAGCAACCCUAACUGGGGGUUUGUGUACUUUGAAAUGUCCAGUAACAACUGCAGUAUUCCUCUGGAGGGGCUACUGAGGUAGCAUUUGGGCGAGUUGAGUUCUCCUUCGCUGUGACUGGCAGCUCUCUUCUGCCCUCUGAUGUCAGAUGUCUUCUCUGGUGUACUGUCCAGCAUUCCUGUUGUUGCUUCUGUGAUAGCUGGAAUGAGCCCAUUCUAGACCCACCUUAGCUUCUCCGAUGGAAUAGGUCAAUGUAGAAAGUGAUA